GCCGGCCAUGCAUAUGCGCCAGCGCAGUUGCUUUUGGAUGGCCUGCUGCGCUCGCGUAAGUUGCUGGAACCGUUGAUUUCCUACUCGACCGCAUUAUUAUUUUGCUUCUCGCCUGUCGCGCGUACAGCGUACACGUGAGGAUUAACGAUUAGGAAAAACCUAGCCCACAGAUGUCAUACUUAGUCGGUCUAAAAAUAUUUGUCCAUAUAACUGUAAAUCAGUAGGACGAUUUUGACGUAAAUUGUGGCAUGCUUAUAUAUAGCCUUGGCCCAGGGGCACGGCAUCAAUGCAAGUGGUGGGCUAGUAGUAUUUGUGAGACCAUCAGCAUGAUCAGAACCCAAGAGGACCAGUGAGUGGAUGGACCUGAUCAUAGACCAAAUCUGUGAGUGAGAAUAGAGAUGGCAUCAUCCUCGUCGUCUGCAACCUCGCAGGAGGUCUUAUCCCAGGAGGCAUUGCUCGUAGCCCUGUCGGAUCGCGUCACCAAAGCUGAGGAGUACAAAGCCAAGGGCAAUGCACUGUACAAUGCCAAGGACAUUCGUGGGGCCAUUGGGAAGUACCACCGGGCCUUGCUUUUCAUCCGGGGCCUAGACGCGACCCUCCAGAACAACAGUUUGCAGUACCAACUGGGGCUGGGUUUUGGAGGGGUUCUGGAAGGACUCUGUGGAGCAGGAGGGGCCUCCAGCCUGACCAGCCUGCCAGAAGAGAUGCAGAAAAAGGUGUCUACCAUCGAGGAAGGGUGCCUCAACAAUUUAGCAGCCUGCAUUCUCCUCCAGGAGGAGCCAAACUACAAGAGGGUAGUCUCAUACUGUGACAGGGUACUAGCCUCCAGCCCAGAGAAUCCCAAAGCCCUGUAUCGCAAGGGCUGUUCCCUCUACCACCUGAGCUGCUACGAGGAAGCAUACGACUGCCUGAAAAAAGCACAACAUAUCUCAAAAUCUGGUAUGCAACAUGCGUUGAAAUGGAAAUAUUCGAAAGUACCUGACCAUGACCAAGGACAAAAUGGCAGACAUCGACAACGCACAGCGGUCCAUGUAUCAGGGAAUGUUCGACAAAUCAUCAACGCAAUCUGAUGGCUGAUUCAAUUGAAUUUCUGGUUGAGUGGGAUGCUCACUUAUAAAACAAAAUCCAAAUGACUCUCUGUACAAAGUUAUUUAGCGGGAUGUAGCAUUAUGGCUAUUUUGUGGGAGAUGUUUCAUGCCCAGUAUGCAGAAAUUAUGAUAAAAUGUUCAACGGGAGCUCAAAUUGUACGUGUAGAAAGACAAGCCACGCUUUACGCUUUAGACAUGCUUAGGACAUGCAUUAAGUAGAGAAAGAAGGUUGGAAAUGAUGUGAAGAGCACAUCUCUUUCUCCUGUUUUUCUAAAUUAAAAAAAACUGUUUUGAGAAAGUGCUGCAUAUGUGAAUAAUUUGUCUAUGUGUGGGCAUUGCAUCUUUUUCCACCAAGUAUGUUGCUUGUCUUCAUGUUUUUUGUAAUUAUUAUUACUUAUCAAAUGUACAUGCAUUCAGUACAUUAAAAGUUUUACAAAAUGACUUUUACCCAGGAAAAUAUUGUGUGCAACUUUUUUCUCCAAUUCCAGUGGUUGAAAACUAUUGUGGAUCCUUUUUUGGCUAAUAACAUGUACUAUGAAAGUGCUUUUU